GCAGAUUCUUCAUUCUACUAUCCCAUAUAUUUGCCGAUUCUUGUUUCAAUCUGACAUAAUGUCUGCUGCAUCUUCAGUAGAAGAAGCCCUGAAAAUGGAAAGAGCGGAAGAUAAUGGAAAACGCAUGGCAGCUGCACUGGAUCAAUUGCUGACAUCUUCCAACGAACCCACAGUAUCCGGGGAGAGUAGCAUUUUCAGAAUCCCAAGCAUUCUCUCCAAGCAUAACAAGGAGGCUUAUCUUCCUAAUGCAUUCUCCUUUGGGCCUUGGCACCAUGACGAAUGCAAUCUUCAACCCACAAAAGCGCUGAAAAUCAACUAUCUUAAUGGUCUCCUCGGUCGUUUUCCAGAUCGAAGUGCAAAGCUGCUAGAGUUGGUAUGUGCUGUCCGUAAUAAAAAUGAUCUGGCUCGUCAGUCUUACGCUGGAAAGAUUAGUCUCAGUGAUGAUGAAUUAGUGAAGAUUUUGGUGCUUGAUGGUUGCUUUAUCACUGAGUUCUUUCUCAAGAAUUCCAACGCCGAAGGAUAUUUUCAACCUUACCAAUGAGAGAACAAGA